AUGGGUCAGCAAUGGAGCAAUAUCUUCCCACCUCCACCGACGCUGACGGAAAAGAAUCUCCCGGAUCAAAGUGGUAAAGUCUUUAUCGUGACGGGUGCUUCGGGUGGAAUAGGGAAGCAACUCGCCGCGAUCCUCUAUCAACACAAUGCAAAAGUGUACAUUGCUGCGCGAUCUCAAGCGAAGGCACAGGACGCAAUUGCAGAGAUUCAGCACGCAAAUCCGAACUCCACCGGGGGAUUAGUAUACCUCCACUUGGAUCUAGGAGACCUGUCUUCAAUUCGCAUUUCCGUCGAUGAAUUUCUCCGGAAGGAGUCACGCCUUGAUGUCUUGUGGAACAACGCUGGGGUAAUGGUUCCGCCCGCUGGUUCGAAGACUGUUCAAGGGUAUGAGCUGCAGCUUGGGACGAAUAAUUUAGGGCACUUCCUUUUCACGCACCUCCUCUAUCCGAUUCUGAAGCGAACGGCCGACUCAUCGGCGCCGGGUUCUGUCCGAGUUGUAUGGGUAUCUUCUAGCGUCGCCGAAAUGGCUCCAACGCCGGCCAUAGUCUUCUCAAAUAUGGACUACCAGCGAGAAGAAGGCGCAUGGAGGAAAUAUGCGAGAAGUAAAGCUGGGAGUGUGCUGCACGCCAGCGAGUUCGCUCGGAGGGCGAAAGGGGACGGGAUCAUCAGUCUAAGCCUGAACCCUGGAAAUUUUGUCACAAAUUUGCAGCAAUCGAUGCCACGAUGGCAAGUUGCCUUGUUUAAGCUGAUCGCCCAUGAUCCGAAGUAUGGCGCGUAUACAGAACUUUUUGCUGGACUUCAGCCAGAUAUUACGCAAGACAAAUCCGGAAGCUGGGUUGCUCCGUUCGGCCGGUUUGUGCCAAUUCGCGAAGAUCUGCUAGAUCCCUCUCUUGGGAAAAAAUACUGGGAUUGGACAGAGGAACAAGUAAGGAAAUACGUGUGA